UACCUAGGCGGGCUGUGGAACAGUUUCCGCGCCUUUUUGUAACGAUUUCCUGGAUUGCAGCGGCCAUUGGAAGCGGUACCCGACUCGCAGACACGCUGGGAAUCGCAUGAACCGAAGAGAGUUCCUCUCAUUCCUGCAGUUUCUCCAUCUCAGCCUGGACGGGAACAGAGUAAGUGAUCCUGAGGGAUUCAGACUGGCCGUUCCUGGCCAUCUCCCGCUGACAGGGCUUCCCAAAGGACCAUCUCACACUCGCAUAAAGGAAGUGGGUGCAAGACGUAUCAUGGACCUCUCAGAGACAUUAAACAUCAACAUCUUCAAACUUGUUACAGUCUUCCAUUUAAUUUUGGUGUGCAGAGGAGCAUUGUAUGCCAGACCUGGUACUGUCACUAAUGCUGCUGCAGGACAAACCGUGAUGUUCCCCAUAGAAUACCAAAGCAACGAAGAACAGUAUGAUGUUACCUUCAGAUUAAAACUUCCACAGCACUUUAACAUUUUCAUGUGGACAUCCAGUAAUCCAGACAAUCUGCAUAUUGUGCAUCCACAAUAUAAACACAGAACUACAAUCAAAAAUGGAUCGGUAGUGUUAUAUGAUAUACAAGUUAACGACAGUGGAGAGUAUCAAAUACGAACCGACUACUAUGGGGUAGAACUGAAAAACCAUGAUCAAAGUACUUUCACGAUUCAAGUCUUUGAACCAGUUUCUGAACCUGUAGCAAAGACUUUAAGUCAUGGUCAGAAUGCAACAAAUAUCACUUUGAUUUGCUCUGUCUCCAAUGGAAUGGCAGUCAUGAUUUACUGGGAAAAAAAAUCCUUUUCUGGAGUCACCAUCGAGACGUAUAUGAACACAAUUCUUGUGAUAGAUUGUGCCACUGAAGAUGAGCAACAUGAGUACAGGUGCAUUGCAAAAAAUCCCAUCAGUAAUGCAUCCAGCAGUGAGAUAUCUAUCAACUCAUGUAACACCAGAAAUCUGAACGGUAAAAGGAAUUACCUUAUGAUCCUGAUUCCUUUGGUGAUGAUGGCAAUUUCAUUGUUUGCUUUUGCAAAAUGCUUUUUUAAUCGAUGUCCGAAUGAUGAAUCCUAAUACCUGUACUGUGGAGUUUGAUAAUCACCUCCAAGAAUAACCUGGAAACACUCUAAUAGCUGCGCAAAAUUCACCAACUCCUAGUUGAGUGCUACAGACCACACCUACAAAUGACAGCUGAAAUCUCUAUAACAUCUUUGACUGACAUGCACAUGGUUGACCGUCUGAACAUGAAGAAGCCAUUGUGAAUCUCCACAUCUCCUGACGAUCCUUUGAUUUCAGAAUCUGAAGCAGAUAUGCCUUCAGAAGGGUGAAUCCAAGGAAAGCAUCAGGACCGUACGGGGCAUUUGGUCAUGCACUAAAGACAUGUGCUAAUCAACUGGCUUGUUCUCACUGAUGUCUAACCCCUCACUUCAGAAGUAUGUGGUAUCCACUGCUUCAAGUAAAUUUCAAUCAUACCAGUGCCCAAAAAGAGUGUGGUGAAAUGCCUCAAUGACUAUCACCCAGUUGCACUUGCAUCCAGAAUGGUGAAGUACUGUGAAGUGUUUUUGAGAGGUUAGUGAUGAAACGUAACAGCUCCUGCCUGACAGGUGACUUGGAUCCAUUCCAAUUUGCCUGCCAGAGCAACAGCUCCACAGCAGAUGCCACCUCAUUGGCAUUUCACACACCCUGAAACAUCUGGACAGCAAAGACAUCAGGAUGCUCUAUUGAUUACAGCUCAGUACUUAAUACCAUCAUCCACAAAAACUAAUCAAUAAGCUCCAAGACAUUGUACUCAAUACCUCCCUAUGCAAAUGACCCCACCGAGUUAAGAUUGGCAAAAACAUCUCCUCCACUAUCUCCAUCAGCACAGGAGUACCACAGCGUUGUGUACUUAGGCCCCUGCUCUACUCACUUUACACCUAUGACUGUAUGGCUAAGCACAGCUCCAACACCAUAUUCAAGAUUGCUGCUGUCACCGCAGUUUUGAGCUGUAUCAAUGGUGUUGAUGAAUCAGCACACAGGAGGGAGAUUGAAAGUUUGGCUGAGUGGUGUCAUAACAACAACCUCUCACCCAAUGUCAGAAUGACUAAGGAACUGAUUAUAUACUUCAGGAAGGAGAACCAUAGGUCCAUUACCCAGUCAUCAGAGGAUCAGAGUUGGAAAAGGUUGGCACAGCCUGGUAUAGAAACAUCAAUGCCUUUGAACAAGAAAUCCUACCAAAGGUAUUGGAUUCAGCACAUUACAUCACAGGUAAAGCCCUUCUAACCAUUGAGUACAUCUGCAUGAAAGGCUGUCAUAGGAGAGAAGCAUUCAUCAGAGAUCCUCACCACUGAGGCCAUGCUCUAUUCUCACUGCUGCAUCAGGUAAAAAGUACAAGAGCCUCAGGACUCACACCAACAAGUUCAAGAACAGUUACCACAACUCAACCAUCAAGCUCUUGAACAAGAGGGGACAAUUCUACUCACUUGUCCAUCCAUUGACAUGUUCCCACAACCAGUGAUCUCAGUGCAAAAGGACUUUAUAUCAUGUUAUUUCAUGUUAUUUAUUGCUAUUUAUUUAUAUUUGCAUUUGCACAGCUUGUUGUUUUCUGCACUGUACUUAUUCUUUCAUUGAUCCUGUUAUAGUUACUGUUCUAUAGAUUUUAGCUGAAUAUGCCUGCAGGAAAAUGAACUUCAGGGUUAUAUGUGAUGACAUACCUGCAUUCUGAUAACAAUGUCCUUUGCACUUUGAACUUUGACCAACUGGUAGCUAACCCAAGCAAUGAAUUCCCAAGACAAUCUUGCAGAAAAAAGCCAGGACAACUCUUAACCACCUGAGUGUAGGACGGAGAAGACACGACCACCUGUUCCGCAAAUGGAAUACGAGAAACAGUCUCUUCUGUGCACUCAUGCUCGGGGGCUAUCACAUCUAUUUAAACUGCCUUCUAUUACAUGGAUUGCUAAGUGAGAUGAUGAAUCAUAAUUGCAUCUCAGCUAUGUCGAUAUAUGUGACAUAGGAAGAGAAGGUGUAGAAUCCUUGUGCAUAGAGUUAAGAAACUGCAAAGGUAAAA